AUGGGUAUGUAUGAAAUUAUCAGCGUCAUCAAAUUUUCCCACUUUAAGAAAAGACAAGUUAUUUAAAUGUGACAUGUAUUUUCUCUCCUAUUUUGACAGAUAAUAUAAAUGUGAUUGAGAAUAACCUGACCUUUAAUCUGGACUGAGUCUUUUCAGAGAAUAACUGAGUUUUUCUUGUUUCCUGCAGGUGUAAACUGUGAAGAUCUCACUCCAGCUAAAAAUGAAGAGUCCAGUUUAGAGGGCAGCUCUGUUACUCUGUCCUACAACUACUCCAAACUAUCAUCUAGUGAUUAUUUCUACUGGUAUCGACAAUAUCCAGGAAAACAACCAGAGUACCUCAUUCAUCACCUUGCUUCAGGAGAAAUAAUGAAAGAAGAUAAAUCUGGGUUAAAGAUUACAGUGGAGCAAAAACAAAUCGACAUGACGAUCUCCUCUGCUGCAGUGACUGACUCUGCUGUGUACUACUGUGCUGUGAAGCCCACAGUGACAGGAAACACCAAAACUCUCUACAAAAACCAUUGA